UUCGGGCUCGUCGGUCGCAAGCAACUGGUCGCUCCUGGUAGGAGGUUUCGCGCCGUUCGGUCGUUGUCCUGGUAUAUUGCUGACUAUACUGACGCUUCUUAAAUAGCCCCUACUUGCUGUGCACGCCAGUGGCAAGCCUUUCGGACAGGAUAGAAGCUAUAGUCCUAUGUAGCAACACUGGGAGAAACCAACUGCGAGAGUGAACGAGACGCCAAAGUUUCGCCCUCAUCCGGCUUUGCAGGGAUGGUCGAUGGUUCGCUGAGUAGACUUUCGAUGCUUGUUGGCGAUUUUUGUCGGCGCUGGACGGAGGACCCGCUGCACGCCACGCUGAUUCCUAAUGGUGCCAUCAAAAAGUAAUGCCCCGCGUCGUGUUGCUCUGGCGCGGUGUGCAUCCGAGUGCAUUUCCGGUGAUUGGGAAACUGGGUUACGUAAUCAGGUUGUUUUGGGAUGUUAGGAACCUGGUGAGAUCUCCGACGUGAGUGGGAGUUGUGGGAGCUUGGGAGAGUCCUACCAGAGUGAGAGACUAAACGGAUCUGUCGGCCGUCUUCGGAUGAUGUUUCAAGAGUGGCUGGGCUGCAGUGCAUUUCCAUUGGUUCUGAUGGCAGUAACAAAGAGUGCAACACUGGCGAACAAAGGCUUAGCAUUCUACGGAUAGUGAAGAUAUGGUGGAGAAUGUCCCUUAUGAAUGUAAGUCUACCGUGAAAUCAACUUUCCGUCCGAAAGGUGAACAGCAAAGCUGGGUUUUUGGUGGUGUCUGUGUGUCGGUGGGAGUGUGCCAUUGAAAGCAAGAAAAGCCCUUGUCGUGUAGCAUGUGCCUAAUGAGAAAAAUAAUCAAUAUUGCUUCGGUUUUGAGAAAUUUCCCUCUCAGUCGUGACGACGAUUCACAGUUGCCGUGGGAAAGUAAGAGUGUAUGUUUUGGGAAUAAUUUACUGUUCUGAGGCAAUUGUUGAAGAAGAAGCUCCUACACUAUUAGCGACGCUGGAGUGCAAUUUUUGGUGGAAUAUGGGGAGUCCCGGACAAUUUCAGGGACAGUGCGACUGAAGAUGGCAUUUAGAUUUUUUUGAAGAGACACAACUCGAGUGAACAGCUGCUCCAACAGCCACGAGAUUCUCGCGUAACCGAGAUUGUCGCAUAACUGUGUCACCAAGUGGCAAGAAAAAAGAAGAAGUUUCACGAACGUUACGUGCGCUUCCUUCUGGGAAGAGAUCGUCGCGAUAAAAUAGGGCCAUGUCAGACAACUGCACUACCAUCCACCCCACUUGGUGAUAGUUUUGUGUGUUCACCAUAGUAUCGCUGUUGUCAUCUACCGUGAUAAUCAUCAUCCGAGCAGCCGCCACAUAAUAUACUUAGCGUUGCAAAAGACGAAGCCAACCCGAUCAGUGGAAUGCACCAGACUUGUAACGGAACUUGUUACUAACGGUUGUACAAAAGGGGAUGUCCCACCCAAGGAUUCACGUGAGAUACCGGCUCUGUCCACAACGUGCGGGGAAGUAAAAUGUGAAGAGUCCCCAUGAGAAAAGUGUUCCAAUCCGUUGAAGAGCUAGUACCUAGAGUGAUAAGGGAAGAUAGAACGACGGAGGGCAAGAAGCAGAAGUUUCUAAGGGGGGCCAAGCAGUGAAAAAUAAAUGUUCUUCGUGCGUGUGUGUCGGGAAUUCCAUUUUCCCAACGUUUGAAAGUGUUCCUCAUUGUUGUGAUCCCACCGAAGCCUAGGGGUAGUAUUCAACCUGCUACUAAACAAUACAUCAUAGAAGAACAGCUGCGUGAGUUGGAGCAGCAUACCCAGAAAAAACUGCACCAUGGAUGGAACAACCACGAUGACAACGGAAGCCAACCCGGCGGGAAACGCCAAUUUGCCGACCUCGACCGUACUUCUGCCGGAUGAUGUACUCGAAAAGCUCUACCAGAGUUACGCACUCAAGCAGAAGCGUGUAGCUUUCGGGUGCUAUCUGGCGGCCUCGAUGCUGUUUGAUUUAUGGGCCAUCCUGGUGCCGCAAGGUCAGAGCUGGGAAGCCAUAGUGAUACUGAGCGUGUUCCUGGUGCUGAAUGUGAUCCUGGCGGUGGUGCUGCGUUUUGGCGGAAAGGGUCGCUUCCGAGGGUUCAUCUGGGAGGUGCACCACACGCGGCCUGGCUACUGGCAAUCAUGCAACUCUUCGUGCACCUGUUCCUGAAAGGAUCCGUUACAACCGAGAGAUUCCCUCGAUGGGCUGUGCUCCUUAAUUUUUUAGUAUACGUUACCUUGCCGGUGCUGCUCAAGUAUACCGGCAUCCUGCUGGGAGUCGGGUCAGUCGCAACCUACAUCAACGCCAUCAUUGGGCUGGCCAAGAAGGAAAACUAUUUUUGGGAACAGCAAGUUGCAAACAUCAUCUUGCUGGCGGCAGCGACGGCCAUCGGUUGCUAAACUACUUUCUGGCUGAAGCGAAACAACGAAGAGCUUUUCUCGAAGCGAAACAAGGCCUAGAGGUGAAGAUGCUGAUCGAGGAACAAUCAGCCGAGCAGGAACGAUUACUUCUCUCGGUACUGCCGGAGCACGUCGCGGUGAAAAUGCGACAAGAUCUGGGAUCCACCAACUCGGAGCAGUUCAAAAAAAUCUACAUGAGUCGCCACGAAAAUGUCAGUAUUCUGUAUGCUGAUAUAGUUGGCUUUACCGCCAUCUCAUCGACCUACUCGGCCCAGGAUCUGGUGAAAAUUUUAAACGAACUUUUCGCACGAUUUGAUCGUCUGGCAGAGAAAUACCAGCAAUUAAGGAUAAAGAUCCUGGGCGAUUGCUACUACUGCAUCAGUGGAGCUCCCGUAGAACGACCGGAUCACGCCGUCCUUUGCGUCCACAUGGGUUUGUCGAUGGUGAAGGCUAUCAAAUACGUCCAGCAGAAGACAAAUUCUCCCGUUGACAUGCGAGUGGGAAUCCACACGGGAGCUGUCCUGGCGGGAAUCCUCGGUCAACGCCAGUGGCAGUUCGACGUGUAUUCCAAGGAUGUCGAGCUGGCCAACAAGAUGGAAUCCAGCGGCAAAGCCGGCCGCGUUCACUUGUCGGAAAAAACGUUGAGCUUCCUGAACGGGGAAUUCGAGGUGGAACCGGCGUACGGCGAGAAACGGGAGGAAGCACUGCGGAUAGCCGGGCUAAAGACGUACUUUAUUACCAAAGUAUUAAAACCGUUCUGUCCCGCCGAGCACCGAAUGAACGGCUCCGCAGAUCCCAAGGAUGUCGUUAUCGAACCGGAUGGGCCGUCGGAAGUGUUUCGCGAUGACGAAGAACCCAAGACACCGGCAAACGAUGUCGAGGCCAAUGCCGGGCUGGACCAGAAGGAGAAGGAAAUGGCCGCCGAAGACUACAAGGUGCGACUCCGGAAGGAGUUGGUCAGCCGCGAUGGCCAUCGGGAAAUCUACAAGGACAUCAAUGCGCUGCUGUGGUUCAAGAACGGCGACAUCGAGCAGGCCUACACACAGUACCGACAGCCGCACAGCUCCAUCCCGCUGCUGGCGGCAAUAGUUGUGCAGUUCGCUGGGAUGAUUUUCUCCUACCUGGUGCUUCCGCGUACAACGCUACACUUCGAUAUCGUCACCCCACCGCUAGUGAUUAUCUUUAUCUUGGUCUUUAUAUCGGUAGCAGAAAGCUUUCCAAAGAUUCUGCCGGCGUUUAUCACGUUGAACAGUAAACGGUUUAACGAUUGUGUCGGCUUACGCACAUCAACGGCCGUGAUUAUCGUGCUGCUUUUAGGAAUAUCUAAUGCUGGCGAUAUGCUGGCAGCUUCCGUGCGGACCCCGCUGCACCUGAACGUCACCAACGCGUCCUUCCUGUCGAGCGAAAUGCACCCGUCAACCAUUUGUUUGUUUCCGUCGUACUUCAGCAACUUUACCGUUCUGAUCUUGGUGGCCGUUUCCAUUAUCACUCAGCUGUCGCAUCUGAGCAAAAUUGCAUUAAUGGUCGCCAUUGCCGCUAUUCACUGUUAUAUCAACAUAUUUCACCUGGAUGAAGCGUUCCGAAACGAGGAUUUCGAGAUAAUGAAUGUAUUUCCCUUGCGAUAUACCCUGUCGGCGUUGCUGAUGGCAGUGACGAUAGCACUUUCGCUCCUGGCGCGGCAUAUCGAUAAGGUGGACCGGGUAAUAUUCAUGUGGAAAACGGAAGUCAGCGACCAAAAGGAACGGGCCAGUGACAUGCGCCGGCGUAACGAGGCCCUGGUCUACAAUGUGCUUCCGAUGCAUGUGGCAGAGCAUUUCAUGGGCAACCGGAAGCGAUCCCACGACGAUUUGUACUCGCAGAGUUACGCAGAGGUGGGAGUGCUGUUUGCCAGCAUGCCCAACUUUUCCGACUUUUACUCGGAGGAAACGGUCAACAACCAAGGGUUGGAGUGUUUGCGUUUCCUGAACGAGGUUAUAUCGGACUUUGAUGCGCUUCUCGAGUUGCCUCAAUUCCAAGAUGUUAUCAAAAUCAAGACAAUCGGGUCGACUUACAUGGCGGCAAGUGGACUGAACCCAUCGCGGAUCGUUAAACCGGAGGAUCCCAUUUCGGUCCGAUGGGCGCAUUUGGCACUGCUGGUCGAGUUUGCUCUGGAGCUUAAGAAGGCUCUGCAAGGAAUCAACGAACAAUCAUUCAACCAUUUUGUUCUGAAGAUGGGAGUCAAUCAUGGUCCAAUAACGGCAGGUGUCAUCGGUGCACGGAAGCCACACUACGACAUCUGGGGCAAUACUGUGAACGUGGCGUCUCGGAUGGAGAGUACUGGAAAAGCUGGAGCCAUUCAGGUCACGGAAGAAACCUGCCAAAUCCUGCAAACCUUCGGCUACACAUUCGAGCAGCGAGGGUUGGUGGCCGUGAAAGGCAAGGGCCAACUGAUGACGUAUUACCUGCAGGGAAAAAUCCCGAAAAAUGCUUCCCCCAUCCUGCCGGUAACCACGAUGGAAACCGUUCAGGAAGUGGACGAACCCAAAGAAUCUCCACCGGCGCUUCCAACGGAAUCCCCUGCUCACCAAAUCACGUCGGUCUCUUCCAGCACCACCAGCCCCAACAGCGUUCGCCUAAAUCAGGAAUACGUCGAGAUGAAGGUAAGCAGUACAUCGAAUACGAUAACUUCGAACGAAAACCACCGGCAACAGGCUGCAGACCUGCAGCAGUUGAACAGUACUACUAAUACUACUGUGGUCAGUGCGGCGGAGCAGAAGUCGGAGGGCGGCGGGGUGAAAAUACUAUUCAACGGGGAAACCGAAGAGGCGGAUGUGAAAACGCCACUCCUCGACGAUAAGAACAGCACAAAUGCGAACCACUUUAGCGAGGGCGAAAAGGAUGCACUAAUAGAGAAUAGCAAUUAGGUGGCUUUUGCGGGUAUACCUUAGGCGGAAAGGGCAACAAUCGGGGUUCUUUGGUAGAUGACAUACGAGAAUGCAUGUUGAUAUUUUUUUAUACUUGGUUUUAUGCUUCUAUUCGAUGGGAUGGAAUUAUUCUUUUUGAGAUAUAAAGAAAUUUUGAUUUAUCUUUUAUUGAAGAUCAUUUGAAAGUAGAUCCCUUAGUUCUUUGAACCAGAUGUUUAAAAUCUCUAUACAUUUCUUAUUGUAAGCGCCAUUCAGUGAAUUAGGUCUUCCGAUAGCAAUUUGAUUAUUU